AUGGAUUCCCCUUCGAAUCAGUUACCACCGGAAACCGACCUUUGCAAAAUACCGACUGGUAUCCCUCCCCCUGGACAAUCUUCUGACCUUGACAACGCAGACCUGAAGUCUUUGACAAUCUCCCUCGGUGUUAUCUUAACGACUAUCGCGGUGGUCUUCAGCCUUGGUAGGCUCUACGUCAACUUCCGAAAGUUGACAGCGGGUGAUUUCUUCGUAUUUGUUGCCAUUAUAUCCAAUACUGCCACAGUAGUUUUGAUGAUUAUCUAUGCCAAAUACUUCCGGCAUAUAUGGAACAUGCCUUUAUGCUGGAUCAAUGAUAACUUCGGAAAGAUAGCAUAUGCCUGGGAGAUGACCGCGACCUUCAGUACCUUUCCUGGUAGAGCCGCUACUUUACUACUGUUCUACCAGCUCUUUACCAUAUCUCGCUCGAUAGGUAUAGCUAUAUGGAUCGGCAUGGCUAUUAGUCUCAUAAUUACAGUUUGGACCAUAUGCAUAUUGUCUUAUGGCUAUGCUAACGAGAAAACUCGGGAUCAUCCUGACGACACUGACGGCAUUAUAACCAUGUGGAUCCUACGAUGGUCACUUCUCUGGGGUACAUUAGAUAUCUUGAUCGACAUCUAUAUCUUCAUCUUGCCACUACCUAUUAUCUUUAAGCUAAACCUAUCGAAGAAGAAAAAGCUGCAGGUCUCGGCCAUAUUUUUCAUAGCGUUACUUGGUAUCGCCGUCAGUAUCUUAACGCUUGCAUAUAGAAUAAAGGCACUGCAGAGCCACAACUUCGAUAGCACAUACAACACUGGAGUUUUGAUGAUAUGCGGUCUCGUGCAGAUGAAUGUGACUCUCAUAAUCUGCUCCACCCCGGGAUUCGUGGGCUUCAUACGUCUCCAUAUCUUAGAGUCACAGACCAUCAAGGCUCUCCGGUCGAUGCUAAGAGCCGGCAGAAGCCCACACAGCCAAUCCAGCCUGUUCAAGUCCUGGCAGAGCCCCAAUCGACCUCGUACCGGACGUGAUGAACCACCAAAGCAAAAGCGGAAAAGUUUAAGGAGCAUGACUGAUUGCGCCGAAGUAAGCGACACAUGCUUACUCAAUAGCGGGACUACGAUAGAUCCAGAGGGGCAGAGAAAUACCCUCGCGGUUAGCGGCGCGGACAAGGAGAACGAAAUCGUCAUGAAUGUACUUAAAACGGUGGAUGCUGAGCAUUCCUCUAUUUCACCCCAGCUUUUGAGUGAUGACAACUCGGCCUUGUGCGAAAGUUCCAACGGACUAGAGGAUGGUGGUUAA